AUACAUUUCCUUAUCAUAGUGCCAGAAUCCAUCAUAUUCAAAACAUAUAUUUUUUCAUAUUGCUGUGAACAGUUGCUAAAAGACAGACGUUUAUUUGUAGCCAAAAUGUUCAACAAGAUAGUCACGAUCUUGGUCAUCGCAUCGUCAGCUGUGAUGCUGCCGGUCCUACCGGGCUGCCAAGCCGGAGGGUGUGGGUGUCCUCCCCUGUGGACAGCCUUCCAGAAUAACUGCUACAGGUAUUUCUCGGUGAAAAACAUUACUUGGCAUGGAGCUGAGAUGCACUGCUCUGGUUUCUCCGUUCCUUGUUCUGAUGUUGACUCUACCAUCAGCCUUGGACAUCUCACUUCUAUCCAUUCGAAAGAAGAGAUGACCUUUCUUUCAGUGCUUUAUGAAAGUAUCCGCAGUAAAGUGGUUACAUCCACUACCUUUGUAUGGAUCGGUCUGCAUGACCAGACUACGGAAGCCAGCUGGGAAUGGAGUGACGGCUCGAGCCUAGACUAUGAGAACUGGAAGAGUGGACAGCCUAACAACUUUGGUGGAAACCAGGACUGCACCUUGUUCGGUCCGUCCUAUAAUUGGCAUGAUUUCCCUUGUGAUUCGGACGGUGACAGUCAAUACCAUGGGUCAGCUUAUGUGUGUAAACUACCACAGUGGUAAUGUGUGUAAACUACCACAGUGGUAAUGUGUGUAAACUAUCACAGUGGUAAUGCGUAUAAACAUCCACGGUGGUAAUAUUUGUAAAUUACCACAAAUUGAAAUUGAAAUUAACAUUGAAAUUAAGUAUAUGUUGUCCAUUUUGAAACUUCUUUUUCAUUGGUAAAAGUUUACAGAGAUCAAUUUACUAAAAGAAAUACUCAUAAUCAUAAACAGUUACAGUAAAGGUAAACUAAAUUCAUAAUAGCUUUAGUUGGGUAAGUUACAUGAAAUAAGUUUCGUAUGAUGAGGAUGCCGGCAGUGCAAGAUAGUUGAAGAGGACCAAAGGUAGGUCUACGCAGAGGAGAUGGGUAGAGCAUUGAAGAACAGAUAGAUAGAAAAAGAGAUUGUAGAUGAUAAUAAAAAAGGAAAAGGAUAGAUGGAUAUAUGGAUAUUAUGUGGAUAUAAAAUUAUGUGUAAAUUACUACAGUGGCAAUGUCUGGCAACUACAACAAUGUUGAAAUGUUUUAAGCACUACAGUGUGUAAACGAUCACAAUGUUAAUCAUGUGUAAGCGACCACAGUGGGAAUAUGUAAUCGACCACAAUGUUGAUGUUUGUAUUACUAUUAUAGUAUUAAAUACACUAUAAUAGUGUAUGAUGUGUAAAUGACCACUGUGGUAAUGUGUAUAAACUAUCACAGUGGUGAUCAGGCGCGUACGCAGGAUUUUUUCAAGGGGGGGGGGGGGGGC